AAUUUCCCGGUCUCAAUACAUGGCAAACUACUUUGUUCCAAUUCAUAUAGCUGUUCUAAAACAUAUUUUUAUCACAGAAAAUUUAAUUUUCAAGCUUUUUUAAUAAGAACAGUCGUUUUUAUUUUUUCCGAGAUUUUCCAAAAUGAAAAGAUGUUUUGUCAUGUCUGCUCUGAUAAGAUUGAAGGUUACGUUAGUGACAGUGAACCUUAACCUUGUUUAGAUUAUAAUUUGCUGCAAUAUUUGUAGAGCUUUGAUAGAAUAACUUCAUUAAAAAUUAAUUUUUCAGAAUUUUAAAAAUGUUUCCUGUUUCAAAAAUUGUUGUAAACUGUUCAAAAUUGGGCUUUACCAACAAGUUGUUUGCUCAAACUAUUUUAUCGUCCAGAUUCAGUUCAUGUGCCGCUCCGUCAUUUGAGUUCAUAUUGACCGAGAAGAAAGGCGAGAAGUGCAACGUGGGCCUGAUCACCCUCAACCGCCCGAAAGCGUUGAAUGCCCUGUGCGACAAACUCGUGUCGGAACUGAGUCAAGCAGUCGAACAUUUCGAUAACGAUGACUCCGUUGGAGCUCUCGUCAUCACAGGAAGUGAAAAGGCGUUUGCUGCAGGUGCUGACAUCAAAGAAAUGCAGAGCCAGACAUUCUCAAGUAACGUGAAGAAAGGUCUUUUAAAAGAUUUCGAAAAGAUAAGAGGAUGCAGGAAACCUAUCAUUGCCGCUGUCAAUGGUUUUGCUUUGGGAGGAGGCAACGAACUGGCAAUGCUGUGUGACAUAAUCUACGCGGGCGACAAGGCGAAAUUCGGCCAGCCGGAAAUCAACAUCGGGACAAUCCCGGGUGCCGGGGGCACUCAGCGCAUUGCCAAGAGCUGUGGCAAGUCGAAGGCCAUGGAAAUGUGUCUCACUGGAUCGCCAAUCAAUGCACAAGAAGCCGAAUCUAUGGGACUGGUCAGUAAAGUGUUCCCCGCCGAUAAGCUGGUUGAUGAAGCGAUCAAAACUGCAGAGAAAAUUUCAUCGCAUUCACCACUAAUUGUUGCCCUAUGCAAGGAAUCCGUAAACACAGCGUUUGAGACAACAUUGACUGAAGGACUUCGUUACGAGAAGAAAAUAUUUUAUGCCACUUUUGCUACUGAAGAUCAAAAGGAAGGUAUGGGCGCAUUCGUUGAGAAGAGAAAGCCGAAUUUCAAGAACAACUAAAUAAAGAAAUCUUCUAAAAAGGGACCAACGUGUUCAUAAUAAACUAGCCAACUAAGACUGAGAAAGGAAUGAGGUUUGUGUUCUGGGGUUGAAGUAUAUAAUAGUCUAAAAUCAGUUAUAUGAAUGCGAUCUGAGAAUAUAGUUAGAAUGUUUAUUUGAUGAAUAAAUAAUAUAUUUUGAUUAAAA